AUCACCACGUGCAUCUCUGGAUGGAAAAGUUGCAGAAGAAGUAUGGACAUAUAAUGAUGUUAGUUUUGAUCAUCUGAAGAUUUUUGGUUGUCCUGCUUAUGUUCAUAUUCCUGCGGAUGAGAGGUCAAAACUUGAUGCUAAAUCAAAGAAGUACACUUUUCUGGGCUAUAAAAAAGAUUCAGAUAAGGUACAAGUGGAGUUGGAACAUGUUCCAGCAGUUCUUGAUAAGGGAGAGAGUUCGAGUUCUUCACCUGAUGAUGUUGAUCAUGAUGUUUCUGGCCCAACUGAUGUGCCAGAGAGCUACAAGUUAGCUCGGGAUAGAGUGAGGCGUACCAAUAUACAAGCUCCGGAGACUGUUUCUUGUGAGAAUAAUGAUAGAUGGAAGGCUGCCAUGGAAGAAGAGAUGAACUCUGUGCACAAGAAUCAGACAUGGGAGUUGGAUGUUCUUCCCAAAGGGAAGAAAGCUAUUGGCUGUUGGUGGAUUUACACAAGGAAGUCAUCGGUAACAGAAAAAGGAGGGCUUAUUGCUGCUAAGAAUAUGCAUGAUAUUAUUGAUCUGAAAGGCCUUUUGAGUCAAGAAUUUGAGAUGAAGGAUUUGGGGGUUGCGAAAAAAAUUCUUGGGAUGGAGAUUCGCAGGGAUAGAGGAUCAAAGAAGCUGUGGUUAUCUCAGAAGGGUUAUGUGGAGAAGGUGCUGCAGAGGUUUGGGAUGAAUGAAGCAAAACCAGUGGGCACUCCAUUAGCAAACCACUUCAAGCUUUCUGUUGAUAUGCGCCCCAAGUCGGACAAGGAGACUCAGGAUAUGGUAGAGAUACCUUAUGCCAUUGUUGUUGGAUGUCUGAUGUAUUCCAUGGUAUGUACUCGUCCUGAUUUAGCUCAUGUUGUUGGUCAAGUUUGCAAGUAA